AUGGUGAAGUCAAAGAGGAAAGCAGUUGGGUGUGUGGAGUGUCUGGGUACAAUGCUGAUGGUCACUCUACUGCUUCUGGCUGGUUUAGUUCAUUCAGAUGGCAACCACGAAACAAACAAACACCAUGGAACCCAUUCAAGAAAACAUCAAAUGUCCAGCAUGCACGAUGAACCAGGAGCCCCAAAAGAUAUUGACAAAAAUAACCCAGGAGUUCAAAAUGCCACCAUAUUAGCAAUCUAUGACUACAACAACCGAUCAAAUGACAUCUACCUGUAUAAAGUUCGGAAGAUACAAAGAGCACAGAUACAGGUUGUUGCAGGACUUAAGUACAUUCUGCACAUUGAGAUUGGAAGAACAGUCUGUCGCAAAGGAAAGCCAUACAACUUCAAAUUCUGCUCCUUUCAAACAAGCCCACCAUUGAUUAAGACACUGGCUUGUCACUUUGAUGUAUGGGUUAUUCCAUGGAGACACAUUUGGAAUGUGAUCCUAAAUAACUGCCAAUAAAAUUUGCUGGAUCCAUUUUUCUCUCCUAGUCCACUACAUUUCAAAUUUCCAGAAUGGCAAUGGCACUUUCCUCUAAUCACACUGUAAUUGCUAUAGAAAAUAUGCAGAUCAAAGAUGAUUCAGCUUUCUCCAGAGUAGAGGAAGAGUCCAGCUAUUGCAGUAAUUUGUUUGCAACCUGGAGUUUAACUGCUAGUAACAUUGGUGGCACGACUUUCACAAUUGUAUUCUCUUUCAAAGAUACUGAGUGUCUUGUUUCAAAUGUAUUCCCAUCCUAAAAUUAAAUCUGCAUUUAUGUAGCACCUCUUUUAUUCUUGU